AACGCUUCAUUCAGGAAGAGGAGAAAAAUGGCUGAAUUAACUCAGCUCAUGGAUCAAGAGAUCCCUGAUGGGCGACAGCACCUUCAAGAUAGCUACAAAAAUUUAGAAAAAGUAGCUCAGUAUUGUCGAGAAAACUAUGUCCAGGCUACAGACAAACGUUCUGCCCUGGAGGAGACAAAGAACUACACCACCCACUCUCUGGCCAGUGUGGCCUACCAGAUCAACAGCCUGGCUACAAACUUCCUGAAGCUGCUGGACCUUCAACAGAAUCAGUUGGCUGAAAUGGAAUCUGGAGUCAACUACCUAGCUCAGACUGUAAACAUUCACAAAGAGAAAGUGGCUCGGAGGGAGAUAGGUGUCUUAACAACAAACAGGAGCUCGACUAGACCGGCGGGGGUCAAGAACGGCAUCAUCUUCCCAGAACAGGCAGAGAAACCCACAAAGUACCAGCGUAAACCAAUAGACUAUUCCAGUCUUGAUGACCUAGGUCAUGGGGUCAGGGUAGGUGAUCAACCCCUGGUAUUAGGAAGUUCUAAGCCAGCUCGCAGUCCAUCUGUCAGCAGUUCAUCAUCUGGUCAGGCCCCUACAUCACAUCCCCCCACCCCACCAAUGAACCGCAGUGGUGGCACCCUGGGGAGGAGCUCUGGUAGUAGUCACUACAGGACCCCCGCCCCUCCUGUGGCACCACCCUCAGUUCCAUCUCAGUAUGCUUCCAGUAACUACACAGUGCAGACAACAGGACUACCAGGCCAAUCCAGAGCUUCCCAAGCCAGGGGCAGUAACUACGGUCAGAUGAUUAUUCCCCCUAAUGCACCAGCUCCUCCCCCACCGGUGGGAAUGGCCACACCCAUGUCACACCCAGGGGCCGGAAUGCCACAGGGUCGAAGGUCACAGCUGAAUUCACAAUCCUCUGUCGACAAUUUACCUCCACCCCCCUCACCAGAGGUCGCCCCUGGAGGCGGAGUCCCCAAUGAAAUCCUCGAAGGUUUGCAUGCUUUUUGCCGCCCUUUUUUCUCACAGCUUCUUGUAUAAUGGCACUGCUUUGGCUUGGU